GUGGCAGAUCAAACGAGGCGACGACAUCGAUGGGUAGACGCAGUGAGGUGACGCUCUUGCUGCUGCAGCUGCUGGCGGUGGCGUCUUGUUGUACGAUGGCAGUGACGGGAUACCGAGAGAGGGAGAUCGGAGGAGAGGAGGAGGUCCGGGGCACGACUGCGAGCCCUUUCAAGCUGGAGAAGUCGGAGCAGGUGGUGAAGACGGAGGGUGGAGAGGUGAGGGUGGUGAGGGGCUUCGGGUCGUCUUCCAAGUGGGGUGGGUGCGGUCCUGUUAGCCCCAUGCACAUCGGAUUCAUCUUCAUGGAGCCCAAGACUCUCUUCAUCCCUCAGUAUUUGGAUUCGAGCCUCAUCCUGUUCGUUCACAGGGGGGAUGUGAGGGUUGGGUGGAUAUACAAGGAUGGUUUGGCGGAGAGGCAACUCAAGAUGGGAGACAUCAUUCACAUCCCUGCUGGUUCCACUUUCUACAUGGUCAACGCCGGCGAGGGUCAGAGGUUGCAGAUCAUCUGCAGUAUCGAUACCUCGGAUAGCAUGGAUUUCAGCCCUUAUCAGUCGUUCUUCAUCGGUGGAGGGAUGUACCCGACUUCGGUGGUUGCAGGAUUCGACAUGGGAACCCUCUCUACGGCAUUCAAUGUCACCGAAGAGGAAGUGCAGGCAAUCCUGGGGUCGCAAACUGGAGGGCCAAUAGUUUUGUUGACCGGUGAAGCGGCCGAGCGAAUCGACCGCCGGCGGCGGAAAGGUUUAUUAGAAUUCCACGACGAGGAGGAGGAGGAUGGAUGGUGGACAUGGAGAAAGCUGCUAACGGGCAUACUUGGAGGUGGCUUCGGUGAUCGCAACAGAGGAAAGAAACGUCCGGUUCGCUCGCCCGAUCCUUACAACGUAUACGAUCGGGAUCCCGACUUCAGGAACGAUUACGGAUGGAGUCUCGCCCUCGAUGAGCACGACUACCAUCCUCUGAAACACUCGGACAUCGGAGUCUACGUCGUCAACCUUACUGCGGGGUCGAUGAUGGCGCCUCACGUGAACCCGAGGGCGACGGAGUACGGCGUGGUGCUCGGUGGAUCAGGGGAGGUUCAUGUGGUGUCGCCCAACGGCACCGGCGCCAUGAAGGCGGAGGUGGCGGAGGGUGAUGUGUUCUGGAUUCCGCGCUACUUUCCCUUCUGUCAGGUGGCGUCGCGGAGCGGUCCGUUGGAGUUUUUCGGGUUCACGACGUCGGCGAGGAGGAACAGACCCCAGUUCCUGGUGGGGGCGAGCUCGAUCCUGACGGCGAUGAUGGGGCCGGAGCUGGCCGCAGGGUUUGGGGUGUCGGAGGAGCAGCUGAGGGACGUGGUGGACGCGCAGAGGGAGGCCACCAUUCUCCCGUCGCGGCCAUGGCCGCCUGUGAGGAGGGAGGGGAAGACACCGGUCAAUAGGUGAGCACUGCAUGCGUGCAGGAGACUUUGGAUGUAUGUAUCUUUUCUAGCUCCUUAAUAAAGAAGGAUUACAGUUGUAGUUCGAAUCCUUUCUCAGCAUAUAUUUUUCU